AUGCCUCCACGCAUCCUCUCGCGCACCGCAGAUUUCCUGGGCAUAACAUCGCUAAACUCCAUCGGCCGGGAUGCCUACAUCAUCAUCACCCUACGCUCGCUGCGCAUGUUUACAGCCGGAAUCCCCAGCCUGAUCCUCGCGCUCUUCUUCGCGAGCUUGAAAUUCCCGGACACGCGGAUUGGGAUAUUCAUGACGCUGACGCUGCUGGGCGAUGUCAUGCUAUCCCUGCUCCUCACCCUUGUAGCUGACAAACUGGGCCGGAGGAGGAUAUUGUUCAUGGGCAGCGUUAUGAUGGCGGGCAGCGGCGUGGUGUUUGCGCUGUCGGAGAGUUUCUGGGUGUUGUUGGUUGCGGCGGUGUUUGGGAUUAUUAGUGUUACCGGCGCGGAUUGUGGGCCGUUUAGGGCGGUAGAGGAGAGUAUUUUGAGUGGGUUGACGGAUGGGAAGACGAGGAGUGAUGUGCUGUCGUGGUAUGUGACGGCGACGACGAUGGCGGGGGCGGUGGGUGCGGAAGUUGCUGGGCGGACUGUGCAGGCGUUGGAGAAGAAGAGUGGGAAUACGACGAAGGCAUUUCAUGCGUUGUUUUGGGCGUAUGCUGCUUUUGGAGUGCUUGGAGCUGUACUGUGCUUGGGUUUGAGUGAGAGAUGUGAGGCUGCUGGUGAGAAGAGGGAGAUGGCUGAGCGAGGGCGUAGUGAUGAAGAGGAGGAAGUGUUGCUGGAUGCCAUGACACCUAGCACCACCGAUGGCUUUGAGGAAGCUGGACACCGCAGCGCAAGCCCAGCUCAACCACCAAGAAAGCAGAGUUACUUCAGCCAAAUCUCGCAGUCGACACGCUCCAUCAUGUACAAGCUCUGGAUCCUUCUCGCGAUCGACUCCUUAGCCGACGGAAUGACACCCUACUCCCUCAUGAACUACUACGUUGAUCAAAAGUUCCACCUGUCCAAGGCUACGCUCGGAGACAUAACUUCAGCAUCCCAAUUCCUUUGCGCUUUCAGUGCCGUGUUCGCCGGACCACUCGCCAAGCGUAUCGGCUUGAUCAAUACCAUGGUCUUCACACAUCUUCCCUCUUCGAUCGCCAGCGCCUUCAUCCCAUUACCAAGCAGCGUUGGCUGGACAAUUGGCCUCAUGCUCUUCCGCGCCUCUCUCAACAGUAUGGACCAAGCCCCUCGCACCGCCUUCAUCGCUGCAGUUGUGAAGUCUGAGGAGCGUACAGGCGUCAUGGGUAUCACGAGCAUGCUGCGUACCCUCGCUAUGAGUGCCGGGCCAUCCAUCACCGGAUUGCUUUCCGGAAACGGUACAUUCUGGGUCGCUUUCCUUGCUUCGGGUAUAUGCAGAGUCACGUACGAUCUCGGAUUGUGGGUUCUGUUUGUCAACGUCAAAGUGGACAAGGAUGCUGGAAGAGAGGAGGAGAUUGAGAGUGCGGACGAUGAAGCUUGGAAUGGGUUAUUGAGCGAUACUGAAAGCGAGGAGAGCGAGGAUGAUAGAAAGAGUAAGGACGUCGAACAGGGUCAGAGGAAUAAGACCCUGUUGCGUGCGAGAGCACCAUUACUCGUAGUCCUCCAAGAGCUCAAUUACCACUUCCAUGUCCCGACCGGCCAGCUUAUCGACCAUGUUUUUGAAACCUGCUCUAGAUGUGGCAAGCUUAUUAGUGGUAUCUACGAACAAAGUGAACCUCUGGACGUUUGGCAAGCGAUCAAGAGGAGCGUUUACGAUGCGCGCACAAUCGACAUGGCAAUGGGUACACCACCAGUACUUGAUGGCUUUGAGCUGUGGCUCCUUCAGCUUUUCGAACAGAGGCUGUUUUCGAUUCCACCCGCCCAUUACGUUCGCUCCCCCAAAGUCAUUGAGACCGAAGAACAUGAGCGCAGAUUCGGAGUAGGUCUGCCGACAGGUCUUGGUUAUGCUGAGGAGGUUUUCGACUUGCCCUUUCUUGUUGUCUGUUCCGACAAAAGGCUUUGGCGAACUGUCGAGACACACUCGAUGGCCUUGAAGAACGUAGGCGUAAAUGGCAUUCCGGAUCUCUGCUGGAAGGCGAAGGAGCGGUGA